AUCUGAAUUUGAUAAAUAGUUUGAAAAGUACCGCCUUUUAGCUAUAAGUUUGAAAAACCCCAUGGUUAGGGUAAUACCUCCCCUCCUUCUCCAACAGAAUCUUGCCCCUAUCAUCCGACAUAUCUCAUGACCUCCAUUCUUCGUCUCUUUGUACAACCAACAGCACCAACUUGUCCUCUAUUCUAAUUCCCUUGUAUCUGUAUUAUUGUGAAAAAGGUGAAAGAGUUCUGCCUGGGUUUGAGGUUCGUUGAACAAGUUACUGCCAUUUUGACUGCACCAGCUGUCAUUGAAUUGCUUCACCAAGGAAUCGGUCUAAAUGCAGGUUUGUUCCAAUCUCCCCAGAAUCCCAUCGAAAAAGUAAUUUCCGAUUGGGCCAGUCAAAAUACCGGAAUGAACAUAGAAUCAUUGAACAGACGUUGUACCAUUCUUCAAAUUAAACCCUAUAGCUCAGAGGAUAGACAAAGCGCGGUUUUGAUAAGAAAGAAUGGCGACAACACGAUUCAUGCGUACCAUAAAGGAGCUCCUGGGGUGAUAAUACCCUCAUGCUCUCACUAUUAUGAAGCAGACGGAACUGUCAAACCCAUUAACGAAAAUGCACAGAUGUUGUUGUAUCAAAUACUUGAACGCAUGUCAAAGAAUGGCCUCAGGUGCAUUGCUUUCGCUCAUAAAAAAACAUCGACACAAAGAUUGUUUCCUAGUCGACAUUUGAUCUUAUUAGGUCUUUUUGGUCUAAAAAACUCGCUUAGAGAUGGAGUUGAAGAUUUUGUGAAAGAUUGCCAACGUGCUGGAGUGAACAUCAAGAUCAUCACAGGAAACAACAUUCAAACUGCCAGAGUUAUAGUCACGAAAUGUGGUGUAGUUGGGGCGAAUGAACAACCUGGAGAAGUAAUACAAGGUGUGGAAUUUUGGAACUACACUCAAGAGGAGAGAAUGGAAAAAGUUGACAACAUCUGUGUGAUGGCAGGAGCCAGCCCCAAACAUAAAUUGCUUAUGGUGCAAUGCUUGAAACAGAAGGGCCAUGUUGUUGCAGUUAUUGGGUGUGGGAUUGGAGAUGUGCAGGCAUUGAGGGAAGCUGAUGUAGGACUAUGUCUUGGUACCGAUAUAGCCAAGGCCUGCUCAGAUAUUGUCAUCCAGGACAAAAAUCUGGCUUCUGUAAUAAGCAUUUUGAGUUGGGGAAGAGGCAUUUUUGAGAGUGUGCAGAUAUACACUCAGUUCCUGCUCAUUACCAGUUUUGUUGCUCUGGUGACCGACUUUGUGAUGGCAAUUUCAACAGGUGAACCCCCGAAUAUUGGUGCAGUGGCAUUGUUAUCAGCUGGUAAAGUCCCAUAUCCAGUUCUUCAAAUAAUGUGGGUGAAGCUGAUGAUUGAUACAUUGGCUGCUCUGGCAGUGAUUAUGAAGCAGCCUGCUGAAGAGCUUAUGAACCGACCACCUCGGGGAAGAAAUGGACCUCUAAUGACCAACAUCAUGCUGGGGAACAUAAUGGUUCAAGCUUUAUAUCAGAUAGCCAUCCUCCUAACCAUACAUUUGAAGGGAAAAUCAAUCUUCAAUGUCGAUCCGAAUGCAAACGGUACAUUUAUCCUCAAUACUUAUGUUCUCUGCCAGAUAUUCACCAUAUUCAAUGUUGAGAAGAAUGUAUUUCAGGAUAUAAGAAAGAAAAAACUGUUUUGGGGGAUCAUUGGGAUAAUCAUUAUUCUUCAAGUGCUGAUGGUGGAAGUUCUGGACAGGUUUGCAGACACUGCAAGGCUCGAUUGGGGUCGGUGGGGCACAAGUAUUGCACUUGCUGCUGUUUCUUGGCCAAUAAGUUGGACUGUGAAGUGCAUAUCUGAACUAGAAGCAGCCAUUUUUAGCAGUUCCAAUUGGCCAAAAUCGGAGUAGGGAGUCAAAUGAUUGUGAUCUAUGAAGCAUGGAUACUCUGCAAUGGGUUAGUUUAAUUUUAAUAAUUUUUGAAGUGUGUUUUGUUUAUUCAUGAUUUCCAAUUAUAUUUAGAGAUAAAUAUGCAACCGACUUCGAUUAUAAUUGAGUUUUUUGGUUUUUGGGUUCUUUCGCUCCUCCGUUUACUCAAUCUUCCCUUACUGGAAUUGCUAAUGUUACUUUAAUUUACGGUGUAGAAUGCUUUAGUGUUUCCUCUUAUAUGGCAAUCCAGUCAUAUCCUGCUCUUUCUAUCAUGUGGUUUUCUUUGCCGAAUGUAUUGCAUAUUGAUGUAAAUUUUCUUUUGGUUUGUGAUGGAAUUUACUUUCAAAAUUCAAAGGGCGUGGUGGUUCAGGUUCCAGACUUCACUAUCACAGGUUGUUAACUAUGAUUGCUCUCGAGAAUCCAACGAUGUCUCCAAUGUUCCAUUUGGUCGGAAAGAUAGAAAAUAGCACGGAUAAAAAGUAGGUGAAAUAUAUUUUCUAUUCUUCAAGGAGGAAAAGUAAGAAUUAUGCAUUUUUUUUUCUUUUGUGUUUAGUAGAAUGGAUGAAAAAUAAAAAUAAUUAAUAUUUUUUUUAUGUUUGCUAAGAUUAUGGGUGACAAUUGAGUCAUGUCGUGUCAGGUUUGUGUCGAGCCAAUGCGGGUUCAUGUUGAACAUUAGUCAAACAUAAUUCAACUCAUUUUAAUUAAUUGUGUCGUAUAGAGUUGACCUGUUUAUUUUCGUGUUGUGUUUGUGUUCGUGUUCGUAUUUGUGUUCGUGUUCGUAUUUG